CGUCAAUUGAAAUAUCGUUUUGAAUAGAUUUGCAUCGCAAUCCCUUCUAACUUACCGGUUCCACAAUGCUCAUUGAAUGCCAGUUUCUUAUUUCUGCUCUCCUCUUCACAGCACGUGGGGCUACCUGUUUUGUACCACGGCUGGCCCCAAGUCAAAUUGCAAAGGAUGCGUCCGUGAUACGAUCAAUCUUCGGAACACAGAAAUUGAGCCCCAUGCCCAGUCCAUCGAACAUGGAGCUGGCCCCGAACUCAAAUGAGAGCAUCCAGAAACGAGCAGAACGAUUUUCUCAGGCUUUAGGCUUAUGCGGGAACGAAUAUCUGCAGCUCAAGCGCAUGCAUACAGUCAUCGUGCUGUCGUUACUUUCCUGGUCUCUUCUGGCCACUCCUGCACCAGCCCGCUCACCAUCACAUUCAUCGGAUUCCUACAGAAGAUCUCCUUCUUCUUCUCAGCCAUCGCGACAACGCUCUUCUUCAUCUAGCACCACAAGAAGUGCACCCCGGAGUGGUAGAGGUAGUUUGGUACAUCGCCCUUCAUCUUCACGUUCAAAGAAAGGAUCGAGUGUUUCGGUUUCUAAGACUUCGUCGACAAGCACCAUCACCAAUGCAAAAUCAACAUUGGAAAAAGCAAAGGUGCCCUCUGAGACAACUACCGAUCUCCGCAACACACCACGGAGCCAACGAAGAUCGAAAGAAGUCAAUACUGGUUAUACCGCGCAAGAGUCGCAUACUUCUCCGAAUAUGGCACCAAAAGUAACAUCUUUGAGUAUAAUCGAGAACAAAAAGACUGAUACGGGGUCGUCCUCAAUACAAAAGCGAUAUUCAUCACUAAAGACUUCGUCAUUAGAAGUUCGUCCAGGGCAGGCAUCUCCGGCGCCGAUGAGUAAUACACCUAUAAGCAGCACAAAACAUAGGAUUGACCGGAGGAAGAUGAGUUCUACCAGACCACAUUCGUCUAUGAAAGCUGUUCGCUCUUCCUCAAAGAAGGAGUCGAAUCCAGACGUUGCGGUGCCCAUCUCGCGCCUACAAUCGUCUGUUACUUCAGGCAGCUUGACAGAGGAGACAUUCUCGAAAACAAAUGUCAUCAAAAGGAAUAAUGUUUCACCAUCUUCCACAGCCAAACCAUCUAUCAUGAGUGGAACAAGGUCGCCGAUAGCCCCAAUAGCUCGCUCGGAAUCGUCUCAAAAGGUAUCAGCAAAAUUGUUGCGAAAGGAUACAAAGAGUUCUACCCAUACUACUGCUGCCUCCACUAAAACAUCGACUAUUAGCGAAAAUUCGAGGUAUCCCAUUCUUACUACAUCAGGGAAGACAAAACAAAAAGACCUGCAUACCGAAGCAAAGUCAGUCCCGCAAACUUCAGUUGAUUCCAGUACUGAACAAUCAAAUGCGUUUUAUAAGAGGAAGAGUGGUCGUCGAAUUGGUGGACGUGCUGAUUCUGAAAAAAGAAAUCAACGAUACACGAAUGCUGAGAACAGAAGUGCUGUCACCACCCCCACCAGCACUAGCCCGGCUACUCAGAGGCACAAUACUAAAAGGAGGGUGUCCCGUAGGGUUGACUAUAACCCCGGUUACUGUUGCUACGACCUUCCCAUCUAUUUUCCGACGCGGAAUAUCGGUUCUUUUUAUUAUUACGAUGACUACGCACCUCCGUUACAUGCAGAUGAGGCAUAUCCCCCUUAUCGCCGAAUAGUUGCUCCAAACCGACCACUAGCGACUUCAACAGCAUCCCUGCCAUCUGAUAAAACUUGUACGGUAGAUCUUCCCAGCGAGAACGAAGCCGUUGAUGUUCUUGUAGACCCUCAAAAGGGGAUAUACGUCCAGGGAUAUGUGACAUCGAGAGAUUUGAAGAAAUGUGAUUUCACGGUAACUUAUUCCUCUUCCAAUGGUGACGUUUUAGUAGCAAAAUCCUUCCACAUCUAGAACUCCCCCGCCUCUGUUAGCUCGCCACUGACGUAAUAUCUGCAGUUGUCGACUUGUCGAACCUUUUUCUUUAUGCCAGUUGGUGGCGAAGAUGAGAUCGAGCCGAUAGGAAUCACACCAGCAGGGUGCUAGUACUACUAGUCUAGUAGUAUCAGCGUAGGAAAUCAGCUUGCUGAUGAAGAAGACAGUAGUAGUGUAAAACAAUAAUGGUAGUAGUAGUAUCAGAAUAAAACGAAAGUUGUGGU